AUUUUGUGCAACACUACCUUUAAGUUUGGACGUUUUGUGAAUUACUACCUUAUAAAAAAGUUUUUUAAUUUUGCUACCUUAUAAGUUUGUUUAGUUUGAGUAACACUACCUUGUAACAGUUUCUGUCAAAUUCCUCCGUUUGUGGGCCCCACCUCCAACGUUUCCCUCCAUUUUCAUAAUUGAAAUUACUCCUAUGUCCCCCCAUUUGCUUUCCCACCAACUUCUAUCUUCUCCUUUCUCUUUCCUCUGUCAUUUUUCUUUUCCUCUGCUUCACAUUUAUUCUUCUCUCCUUCAAUCUCAACCACAAACCCUAAAGCCAUAAUUGAUGAUGCUACACUUCUGAAUCUUCUUCAAGUCAAGAGAUUCUUCUCUUUAUUACGCGCAGUGGUCCAAAAGGAGAUCUUGGAAAGAUGAAAACGACAGGAAGUGGUCCAAAGGAUAAGGGAAAGGGGAUAAUGCCAACGAACCGACAAGGUGGAUCCCAAAUCAGGAAUGAGCAGUUGGGUUACAUUGAUCUUGCAAUAUGGAUGGGGGGAAAGUUUGUUUUCAAUAAGGGGGAAACUGAUUAUGUUGGUGGGAAGUUGUAUACUAGAUUGACAGUGUGGUUGCAUGAGUUAACUGUUUUUAGUUUGAGGGAGCUUGUAAUGAAAGGGAUGAGUGGAACUAUAGGGAGGAUUAUUGAGAAUUUCAGUGUAUGGUUUAGGCUACAUGGGAUGAAUUUGACUAAGGGUAGGAAGAUUAUACACACUCAUGAUGAUAUAGGGAGGUUAUUGGAGACAAAAGAUGGGUCUAACAGGGUGAUUUUGUACAUUAUUGAGGAAUCCAAACCAGCUUUUAUUGGCCCAUCUGUUACCUACCAAACUGCCAACUUUAAACCACCAAGACCACUGAAACAAGCUACACAAAGCAAUCCUUCUGGGCCACAAAGAACACUGACCCAGCCCAUUACAACCAAACCUGCUGGCCCAUCAACAGUGACCCUAAAACAAGUGAAAAUGGAACCACUUCAGUCAAAGUUUUCCCUAGUUAGGAGAAGCCCAAGGCUUGGUUUUGAUCCUGAUGUGAUUUACAUGGGAAAGGGUACAGGGCCAAGUGAGAAUCCAUCCACUGUAAAAGAACCCAACAAAACCCAAUUAAAAAAGCCAAUUGCUUCAGCCACUGUCAAAGCAAGUGUUCCUAAACCUAUUCCCUCAAAUAUAUCUUCAGUUGAUCCUCACACUCCAAGUACAGAACCAACAGAAAUCCCUCCUCAUACCACCACCACUCCCACAAAACCUUCAAAAACACCUCUGCCUGCAAACCCACCUCUUCUUAGUCCAGAUUUGAAGACCUCUACCCCUAGGAGAAAGAGUGUAGCACAGAAGGGGAAAAAGGUCAAAGGAAAAGCAGGAAAAGUAGGGAAGAAAAAGGGGAAAGGAAAGAAAAAGGAUCCUGGGGACUGUUUAUUUGAAAAUGAUGAGUUUGGUGAUUGGUCUGAAAGUGAUUCAGACUUUUCAGAUUUAGAUGUGGAGUUUGAACCAGGGGAAGAGGACAGAAAACAACUAGAGGAGGAUGAGUUGUUCUGUGAGCCAUUGUCUACUGUGUUGAGGGGAAAUAAGAGGGUAGAUAAGGUUGCAGCACCUGAGGUGGAAGAACAAGUGGAUCUAGCACCUGAGGUGGAAGAACAAGUGGAUCUAGAACAUGAGGUGGAUUAUGAUUCAGAGGAGCUUAGAAGUCUUUGUGGUUCAGAUGAUGAAGUAGAUCCAUACCCUACCUUUAAUCCAGAGUCAGACUUCAAGAAAAAGAUUGUGCUCAGUUUGGGUUUAAAGUUCCCGAGUGUUCAUGCUGUUAGGAAAGCGAUAAGGUAUCAUUCGAUCGAGAACCACUACGAUUACUACCUUCUUCAUAAUGGAAGGAAGAGGGUGAGUGUGUAUUGUAGGUAUAGAUGUAGUUGUCCAUGGGAUAAAAAGCAUGCAAAGCUUGUAAAGUGUGUGUGUGAUGAUCCACAUAAGUGUAGGUUUAAGAUUCAUGUGAAGAAACUAAGGAUGGAAGAAACGUUUCAGAUCAAGUCUUUAAGGUUAAAGCAUACUUGUGGUGUGGUUCAUUCAAGUUCUAAAAUCACAUCGGAGUGGUUAGCUGAGAAGUAUUUGGAGGAGUGGAGGUCAGAACCAUAUUGGAGGCUUGUUAAGGUUAGGGAAAGGGUUUACAAGGAAACGGGGCUACAUAUUGGAUACUACAAGUCAUGGUUUGCUAGGGCUAGAGCCAAAUUGAUUCUGUAUGGGGAUGCUGCAGAUGAGUAUGCUGCUGUGUAUGACUAUGGGUAUGCAAUUCUUCAAUACAAUCCUGGUUCUUCAGCCUAUGUACAAUGCCAGAUUAGAGACAACCCCACUCCGUUCUUUCAAAGAUUGUACGUCUGUUUUGAGGCUCUCAAAGUGGGUUUUAAGAAUGGAUGUAGGCCCCUGAUUGGAGUAGAUGGUUGUCACCUUAAAGGGGCUCAUCCAGGAAUGAUCUUAGUGGCUGUGAGCAAAGAUGGAAAUAACAAUAUUUUUCCCGUAGCUUGGGCAGUGGUGGAAGUUGAGAAUGCUGACAGUUGGACAUGGUUUCUUGAUUUGCUGAUGAAGGACAUAGGACACCAUGACGGAGAAGGAUUGACUCUUAUGUCUGAUAGGCAAAAGGGACUAUUGGAUGCUAUAUCUGUUGUGAGUUCAAAAGCCGAGGUCAGAUUUUGUGCUAGACACAUAUGGGCUAACUUCAAGAAUAAAUUCAGUGGCACAGCCUAUAAGGACCUGUUUUGGGCAGCAGCAAGAUCAACAACUAAGCAUUGGCAUGAUUCUUACAUGGCUGAAAUCAAAGAGCUAAACGAGGAUGCAUAUAACUACUUGAGUGACAUACCUCCUGUUCAUUGGUGUAGACAUGCAUUUGGAUCGAAUUCUAGGUCUAACAUGUUGCUCAACAACCUUUGUGAGACAUUUAAUGCUGUGAUAAGGGAAGCUAGGGAUAAACCAAUAAUAACCUGCCUAGAUUGGAUUAGGAGGUACGUAAUGAGAAGGAAUGCUGAGAAGUGGGAGGGUAUUCAAAAGUAUGAGGGGAGGUUUAUGCCAUUUGUUGAGAAGGUUUUAGCUUGGGUUUAUGAAGCAUCUUUGAAUUGUAUAGUCUGUCCUUCUAGAUUAGAUGAGUGGGAGGUGGAAACUGCUUUUGAUAGGCAUGUGGUAGAUUUGAAGGAGUUGACAUGCACAUGCUUUAGGUGGGAGUUAACGGGAAUACCAUGUCCACAUGCUUAUGCAUGUAUUGUGAAGAAGAGGUGGAGGCCUGAAGAUUUUGUUCAUGAGUGUUACUCAAAGGCCAAAUACUUAGCAACUUACUCGCCUCAUAUCAAGCCAAUGCCCGGGAUGAAGCAGUGGAAGAAAACAGAUUUGCCUCGACCUUUGCCUCCACUGUUAAGGAAAAUGCCAGGAAGGCGUAAGUCACAUAAGAGAAAGAAAGAAGCAGGUGAGGAUGCUGAGGAGAGGUUUGUGAAGCGAGGGAAAAAGCCGAAUAACUGCUCAAACUGUAAACAACCAGGCCACAACAAGAGAAAGUGCAAUAAUCCACCUGGUGUUAUUCAGCCCAAGGAACCAGGGAGGGAUCCCUCCAAGAACCCAUGGGUUGUUGCUGACAGAAACAAGAGGGCUGCAAGAGUUUUAAGGAGGUAUAAUGCUGAAUCAGUCACUCAACCACAGCAACAAAACUCAAGUGCAGCUACCAUGCAACAGACAUUUAAUGCUCCACCUCAAUCCAGUCAGACAGGGAGUUAUCAACCUCCUCCACUCAGUCAGACCUCAAGUCAGCAACCAGGUCAGACAGCAAGUCAGCAUCCAGGUCCAUCCAGCCAAACAUCAACUCAUCAGCCUCAAACAUCACUCCCUCCAAAACUCAGACCCAAAUUGCAGACAACAAAGAAACCAGUGUGGCAUAUUUAAGUAUUGUUGGUUGUAAUUCCUUUGAACAAGUAGUUAAGGUUUCUAAUUAGCAACAAGGUUACAUUUUGGCAAUGACAAUUCUAAUUAGGUGCAAGGUUUACAUUGGAACACUGUGUAAAGAUUCAUUUGCCCCUUAAUUAUAUUUGACGUUCGAGCUCGGCUCACGCGUGGCUCGUUUCAGUUAAGUGCAGGUUUAACAAGUUGUUGUUCUUGUUGUUCACUUGUUGAAUUGUUGUUAUGAAUAUAUGAUGUUCA